UUAGAAUUCUCUUUAGCUGAAGGUAGACAUUUGAGUAUCUCGAAAAGGUUAAACCUCAGACAAUCAUCUAACAGACAACUACCGACCCCUGGGCCUGUGUGCCUGAAACAGAAGACAACCUGAGUCUAAUUUAACCAGAACGAGCCAGAGGGGGGAAAAAAGUAGUAGCAGUAGUGUGUGGUUAUCUUUAUUUUUUAAAAGUGGAAUCACAUCCUUUCCUGCAUGAGAGAAUCUGUUUCUUUUUAAUUGAACCAUACUGUGAAAUAAUUAAUUCAGAUCCAAUGAUUACUGGACAGCUCAGUAAGCCCUUGCUGUCUUUCCGGAGUGAGAUGAACGUGGAGCUGAGAGGUGAGGAAAAAGCGGACACUUCAGACAAUGAGCUGAAUGAGUCUCUGCUUGCGCCUGCAGAACCAAAUGACAGCGAGGACACUCCCAGCAAGCUCUUUGGGGCCAGAGGGAACACAGUGCAGUUGGAAACAGGCAGUAGCGCAGCUGACCAGCAUCAGUCAAGCCAAUCACACCCGGCCUUUCCUGUUGGCCCGCAGUCGUCGUUGGCAGCACAACAGUUGGCAUCAGCUGUGGCAGGGGUGAUGCCCGGGGGAGCUCCAGGCCUCAAUCAGCCAAUCCUCAUUCCGUUCAACAUGGCUGGGCAGCUGGGCGGGCAGCAGGGGCUAGUGCUGACACUGCCCACCGCCAACAUCCAAGGCCUAGUGGCAGCGGCAGCAGCUGGAGGCAUUAUGACGUUACCACUACAAAAUCUUCAAGCUACCUCAUCCCUGAACACACAGCUCCAGCAUCUGCAACAACUACAACAGCUACAGCAGCACCAACAGCAACAGCAACACCAAGGGCAACAGCAACACCAAGGGCAACAGCAACACCAAGGGCAACAGCAACACCAAGGGCAACAGCAGCAGCAUCAGACGAACCAACAUUCAUCCCACAGUCAGCCUCAGUCUGCUGCAGCCUCCCCACAGCAGAAACAGAGCCAGUCACCAGGACAUGGUCUCCCGUCUCCUCUCACAUCACCCAAUCCCCUCCAGCUCAAUCCACUGGCCAGCCAGGCCGCAGCGGCAGCAGCAGCCUUGGGGUCUAUAGCCGGCUCGCAGGCCUUCGGAAAUGCACUGUCCAGUCUUCAGGGGGUCACAGGGCAACUGGUCACUAAUGCACAAGGACAGAUUAUUGGAACAAUUCCACUGAUGCCUAACCCAGCAGUGCCAUCAAGUCAGACAGGAGGUGUAACACAGGGCCUUCAGAUGCAGCCAAUCACCCCUCAGCUGCUGACAAACGCCCAAGGCCAGAUUAUCGCCACAGUCAUCGGGAACCAGAUCCUACCUGUCAUCAACACCCAAGGAAUAACACUGUCGCCCAUCAGGCCAGGCCAACAGCCCCAGCAGACACAGGUAGGUCCAGCAACCUCGCAGACUGGCUUUCUCCACUUGACACACAGCCAGGCCUCCAUGUCUCAGAGCCCAGUGCGCCAGGCCACCUCCUCCUCUUCCUCCUCCACAUCGUCCUCUUCCUCAGCUCUCAGUGUUGGACAGCUGGUCAGCAACCCUCAGACAGCCCCCAGUGAAGUUGACGGAGUAAAUCUGGAAGAAAUUCGAGAGUUUGCCAAAGCUUUUAAAAUCCGCCGCCUGUCCCUUGGGCUGACACAGACACAAGUUGGGCAAGCUUUAAGUGCCGCAGAAGGCCCAGCAUACAGCCAGUCUGCCAUCUGCAGACACACCAUCCUGAGAAGCCACUUUUUCCUACCACAGGAAGCCCAAGAGAACACUAUAGCUAGCAGUCUGACAGCCAAACUGAACCCUGGCCUUUUAUAUCCUGCCAGGUUCGAGAAGCUGGACAUCACCCCUAAAAGCGCCCAGAAGAUAAAGCCCGUUCUUGAGCGAUGGAUGGCUGAGGCAGAAGCCCGCCACCGCUCCGGAAUGCAGAACCUCACUGAAUUUAUCGGCAGCGAGCCUUCUAAAAAGCGCAAGAGGCGGACAUCGUUCACCCCACAAGCUCUGGAGAUUUUGAAUUCCCACUUUGAGAAGAAUACACACCCCUCGGGGCAGGAAAUGACAGAAAUAGCGGAAAAACUGAACUACGACCGGGAAGUGGUCCGUGUCUGGUUUUGCAACAAGAGGCAGGCGCUGAAAAACACAGUAAAGCGUUUGAAACAACACGAGCCAGGAUCGGUGGUGUCAAUGGAGCCUUUGACAGACUCUUUGGAAGAGCAUUCUUUAAACAAUUGAAAACAAAAAUAAAACAGAGGUUCCCACCAAACUAUAGAAAACACUCACUAGUAAAUAAAUCCUGAAAACUGUGGGCAGCAGGAUUCGUCACAGUCCACAUGUUCUCCCUAUUUUUAAACAAAAACAAAACAGCGCUCAGUGUGUCGUAGUGUAGUAGUUGAAGCCAGUCUUUUAAUGGACCUAAACCAAACCAAAUAAAGUCCUGUUUCUGUGAAAAAGUAAAAAAAUGUUUGAAAACCUGUUUUAAAGAGAAUUCUUAGAAGCCUGUCGUCUGGAGCUUGAACUGGGACUGAAACCGUUCAGGUACCAAAUACUGAAAUUCAGUAUGAAAGAAACAAAAAACUACUUACCAAAGUCUGAAAUGUUGUGUUUUUAUUUUUUUAUUGGUUCACUUGUCACCUCUGGGUAACACAAUUGUUACAGAUUUAUGUUUUUUGUUUUUUUUUAAUUUACUUUUGUAAGC